UUCCUGCCUCACUUUCCUCGGCACGUUUUUCCGUGGGCAAUGGCUCCAGACUCGGAUCCUUUCCUCGGAGGGCCGCUCUUGAGGCUGCUACCCUCAGACGCUAGGGACCGUGGCACCCAGCGCUGCCGCCUGGGCCCGGCUGCUCUCCGCACCCUGGGCGCGCACUUGGGGUCGGUGGUGAAGAUCUCGUUGCCAGACGGCGGCUCCUGCCUCUGCACUGCCUGGCCGCGGCGGGACGGAGCGGACGGCUUUGUGCAGCUGGACCCGCAGUGCGCGAGCCCUGGGACGGCGGCGGGGCGGCGGGAGUUCCGGGGAAGUCUCAGCCUGAGCUGCCUCCGCCUGGUGUCCUGUCCGCCCCUCCGGCGCCUCACAGUGUGGCCAGUGUUGAGAGAGCGUGCGGGCGCACCCGGUGCCGCGUGUGCAGCCGCGGUGCUGGAAGUGGCACAGGAGCUGCUGCGGAACCGACCGGUCUCCGUGGGCCACGUGGUGGCUGCUCUGCCUGGCGCCCCCGGCCCCGUGGCUGGCUUGCCCAUCCUGUCGGUGCCUCGCGGUGUGCUCCUGGCAGGCCCGCCUGGAGUGGGCAAGACCCAGCUGGUGCGGGCGGUGGCCCGGGAGGCGGGCGCCGAGCUGCUGGCAGUGAGCGCCCCAGCUCUGCAGGGCUCCCGGCCUGGGGAGACCGAGGAGAACGUGCGGCGCAUCUUCCAGCGGGCCUGGGAGCUGGCCAGCCGCGGACCCAGUCUCCUCUUCUUGGACGAGGUGGACGCCCUGUGUCCCCGGCGGGGCGGCCCACAACGAGCCCCUGAGAGCCGCGUAGUGGCCCAGGUGUUGACGCUCCUGGAUGGCGUCAGUGGGGACCGCGAGAUAGUGUUUGUGGGAGCCACCAAUCGCCCGGACGCGCUAGACCCCGCGCUGCGCCGACCUGGGAGAUUUGAUCGAGAGGUUGUCAUUGGGACUCCUACACUUAGCCAAAGAAAGGCAAUUUUGCAAGUGAUUACCUCAAAGAUGCCUAUCUCCAGCCACGUUGAUUUGGGUCUCCUUGCAGAAAUGACAGUUGGCUACGUUGGUGCUGACCUAACAGCACUCUGUAGAGAGGCUGCCAUGCAUGCUCUUCUUCACAGUGGGAAGAACCAGGACAGUCCUGUGAUUGAUGAAACAGACUUCCUUGAAGCAUUUAAGAAGAUUCAGCCCUCAUCAUUUCGAAGUGUUAUUGGACUGAUGGACAUUAAGCCUGUUGACUGGGAGCAGAUUGGUGGCCUUGAAGAUGUAAAACUGAAGUUAAAACAGAGUGUUGAGUGGCCCCUGAAAUUCCCUGAGGAAUUUGUCAGGAUGGGUCUCACACAACCAAAGGGCGUUCUCCUCUAUGGUCCCCCUGGAUGUGCUAAAACCACCCUGGUGAGGGCCCUGGCCACAAGCUGUCAUUGUUCUUUUGUCUCGGUGAGCGGAGCUGAUCUCUUUUCACCUUUUGUUGGUGAUUCAGAAAAAGCCUUGUCUCAGGUAUUUCGACAAGCAAGAGCAAGUACUCCAGCAAUUGUGUUUUUGGAUGAAAUUGAUUCAAUCUUGGGAUCUCGCUCGGUCAGCAGAUCAGGAUGUAAUAAUGUUCAAGAGCGAGUUCUUUCUGUUCUCCUGAAUGAAUUAGAUGGUGUUGGACUUAAGACAAUAGAGAGAAGAGGAAGUAAAUCAAAACGACAGGAGUUUCAAGAAGUUUUUAAUCAAAAUGUCAUGAUUGUUGCUGCAACCAAUAGGCCCGAUGUAUUAGAUGAUGCCUUGUUACGACCUGGAAGAUUAGAUAAGAUGAUCUAUAUUCCACCUCCAGACCAGAAGGGCAGGCUUUCUAUUUUAAGAGUCUGUACAAAACCUAUGCCAAUAGGGCCCGAUGUUUCCUUAGAAGACCUAGCAGCAGAGACCUGUUUUUUCUCUGGAGCUGAUCUUAGAAAUCUCUGCAGAGAGGCCGCCUUGCUGGCCUUGCAAGAAGAUGGACUGGAAGCUACCACAGUGAAACAAGAGCACUUCCUAAAAUCACUCAGGACUGUAAAACCAUCCUUAAGUCAUAAGGACUUGACUUUAUAUGAAAACCUAUUUAAGAAAGAAGGAAUUUUUAGCCUAGAAGAUAUUUAAAUAUUACUUUUGGGGCCAGCAGGUGGUAUGGUGGUUAAGGCACUGGGUUUGCACAUGGCUGACUGCAGUUUAAGUCCUGGAACUGGUGGCUUGAAAAUCACACUGGAUGCAUGUGAAUGCGUGCCCGAAAUUCCAGGAGAUGAAUGAAGGACAAAGGAUAUGGCCUGGCCGUCCCUCUAGGGGAUGGUUUCUCACUUCCCCCCUCCCCUCUCUGUCUCUCCAGUGAGUGUAUGCAUCCUAUGUAAAAAAAAAAAAAAAAAGACAUACUUGUUCAGUUCACGUUAAUUGAAAUGUGAAUUUGUAUUUUUUCUCUAGAUAAUAAUAAUAAUAAAUCCUGUACCUGAUAAACCAAGGCUCAUCUUACUUCUACAAGGUAUAUUAAAAUACUG